AUGUUGCCUUUACUACCCACUGAAGUUCAUGAAAAAACAGUCGAAAUUUACCGACGUGUUCCUGGUACGUUACUCAAAUUUUUUGGUCCAAAAUUAAUAACAAAAAAAGCAGAAUGUAAUGAGCAUAAUUUGAUUACUGAAAAAUCGGUUGAAAGUAAUGGUAAUGAAUACUGGAACAAUAUAAGAGAAGAUUCAAGUGAUUCAAUGAAAAAAAGAAUGCAUGUUCAGGAUGUAACAAAAACAAAUCGAAAUUAUCCUGCUGAAGCUACAUCCAAAAAGCCAAUACAGAAUGAAACAGCAUACAGUAAUGCUGUAUUGUAUACUGAACACGGAAGUGGAAUUGAACAUAAUAAAGACUGGAAUAAUCUUCGUGUACAUUUACGCAAGUCAAUAAAAAAAAUGUUUCAUGAUUGUCAAAUAACCGAAGUAAGUCCAGACUGCCUUGCUAAUGAAAUAGCAACAAGAUGCCUUCAAGAAUGUCCGAAUUGGGCAAACAAAGCCAAAAUUCAUCAGCAAUAA